CGAUCCAUCGAUACUAUCUGUAAUUAAAUAUCGAUAGUGGUUGCCUUUUCAUGAUGACAGGGAACGGGAUAAAACGAUGGUAAACAAUGCCAGACACUGGAGAAAGGAGUUAGUUGACUAGUUGUCCACAGUAGUAAAAUUCGGUGUUUUGGGUUUAGAUGCCUUAACUAUAGUAGUAUUAAUUUUACGGCUAAGCAAGACUGACUGAAAUGGAGCUUCAAGACAUCGAGUCUUGUAUAAAAGACUUCAAUGAUUUGGCUUCCGACUUCAAGAUUUUGGAGGAGCUCAACAAGGAGUACAUCGCCAAGCUGGAGGAGGUGGGGGAGCUGCAGUCGAAAUGUGUUUCGCAAGUCACUCACCAGAGGUACAGGCUGGGUCUCAUCGAACGCUCCGUCAAGAAGCUGCGGAGGGCGAGGCAGGGCCCCGACGAGGCGGCGGCCAUCGCCAGCCUGGAGAAGGAGCUCCUGCGACGGCGGGCGCAGCUCGGCAACAUGGAGCAGGUGCUGCCCAAACCCAACGGCCUCUACCUGAAGGUCAUCCUGGGCAACGUCAACGUGUCCAUCCUCAACAAGAACGACAAGUUCCGCUACAAAGACGAAUACGAAAAGUUCAAGCUGGUGUUGAGUGGCAUUGGCUUCGUGAUGUCCGUCAUGAAUCUGCUGUUCAACGUCCGGGCCCUGGAGCUGAGCUUCAUGUUCCUGCUGGUGUGGUACUACUGCACGCUCACCAUCCGGGAGAGCAUCCUCAAGGUGAACGGGUCCCGCAUCAAGGGCUGGUGGCGGCUGCACCACUUCAUCUCCACCGUGGUGUCCGGGGUGCUGCUCAUCUGGCCCAACACGGCCGCCUGGUACCUGUUCCGCACGCAGUUCAUGUGGUUCAACCUGUACAUCAGCGUGGUGCAGUUCCUGCAGUUCCGCUACCAGCAGGGCGCGCUGUACCGGCUCAAGGCCCUGGGCGAGAGACACAACAUGGACAUCACCAUCGAGGGCUUCCACUCGUGGAUGUGGCGGGGCCUCAGCUUCCUGCUGCCCUUCCUCUACGCCGGCUACUUCUACCAGCUCUACAACGCCUGCAGCCUCUACCGGCUCAGCUUCCACCCCGAGGCCACCUGGCAGGUGCCGGUGUUGGCGCUCAUGUUCUUCGUGCUGUUCCUGGGCAACACGCUCACUACCGCCAUGGUCACCCGCCAGAAGCUGCGGGAGCGCGUGGGGCUGGACAAGAUCCUCAAGUACCCGGCGUCCCCCGUCAUCCUCACCAACCACAGGGUGAAGAGUGAUUCGAGCACACUCGACAGUGUGGCCAACUCCACGGAUGCUUCACAACACAAACUGGAGUAAAGGUGCGGCAAAUGGUCGCAGACUGCCUAAUAAAGUAAUAAUGAAUUUUUUGAAGGUUUCUAUAACAAAUGAAUGUGAUUGAUUGCCUGAUGGCAGUGUACAUAUAGUUUAUAUUUGGUCUUGUUUACAUGAACAUAACACAGUGUUUGCUUCUCUGUACUUGUCAUUGAUGUCAUUUCAUUUUCACAUGUGAACAUGAUGUUUGGUGAACCCAACUGCUAUUUAUUUAGGAGGUGUAGUUGUGUUUAUCAAAUGUUAGGGUUAACAGAGAAGUUUGUUAUACAUAUACAGAAGUUGCAUUUUAUUUUUUAGGUGUAGAUACAUUUGUAUAUCUUUAUUUUUUUUCUUCUGUUUGUAAUAUUGUUUUACUGAGAUUAAAACCUGUGUGUUGCUGGUCUGUA